AUGUAUACUACCCUAUACCAAGAAACACGAAUUUUGAUGAAAAUCAUUGGAAAAAAAAUUGAAAAAGGAUUAAAAGAUAUAUAUGAAACCACAACAAUAGAAGAUAAAACACCACCACCAUCACCGAAAAAAGAAGGAAUAGGAGUACCAGAUAAUAUAUCAGAAAUGACAGAUAACGACCCAAACAACUUCAAUUUCUAUAGGAAAAUAAAAGAAAAAUACCCUAUAGAAAUGAGACAUAUAAUAAUACCAACCAUUAAAGAAGAGAAAAAUGUUAAAUACCAAAUACUUUCAGAAGAAAAUACCGAUAUACCACCAAUGUUUAUAGGGUACUGCAAGAUUAAAAAACCCCUUGAAGAUGAUAUAUAUAUAGGAACAACAACCGAAAUGGCAAAAGAAGCAAUAAUAGUCCAACCAGGAAUAGCAAAUGAUGACCAAAUAAUGAUAAUGAAUAUUUCAAAUAAGAAAUUUGAAAUUAGAAGAGGACAAAAAAUAGCAAAUGAUGAAAAGAAAAGAAUAAAAAUCCUGGAAGAACGCUGUCUUCAGACUGAAGGACCAGGCGUAUGGGAAUUAUUAGGACCCGUAUUAACUAAAUACAUAGAUACUUUUAGAGAAAAAGAUGAAUAUGCGACCCAUGUAGAUCCUAUAGUAAUAGAACCUGUUAAAAUAAUAUUAAAAGAAGGAGUAGAUGAAUCAAAAAUACCAUGGAAUAUGAAAGCACAAAAGAAACGAAAAUAUUCUCAAGAAGAAUUAGAAAUAAUCAGAAAAAUGAGAGAUGACUUAUUAAAAAAUGGAAUAAUAUUUAGUGGAAAUACUGACUGGAGAAGUCCAUGUAUAGUAAUAGAAAAGAAUGAUGGAACAAAGAAAAUUGCGAUCGACUAUAGAAUAUUAAACACCUUCUUACUACUGCUAAGAGAACUGCUACCAGACACAAAGCAAAUGUUACAGAAAAUAUCAAUGUACAAACACUAUAUAACAAUGGAUAUAAAAUCAGCAUACUGGCAAAUAUUAGUACAUGAGGAUUCAAGAAAAUAUACCGCAACAGAAUUUGCAGAUUUUGGAACAUACUGCUAG